CAGUUAUAAUCCUCUCCUCAAUGACAGGCAGAUCUGAUCAGUGGGCAUACAAGUUAGCUACAUAUCCAAAUAAUAGCAGCGCUUUUAUUGGGUGAGGCAGAAAGAUUUGGCGCAGAUGCCCAGCAGUCACCAGACAACGCUUUAGGCUGGCAGCCAUUUCCCUCAUAGGUCUCUUCUUCUGCCUGUACUGCCACCUCUCUAUACUAUUGCUCUGGUUACAUUAUCAGGUAGUGGUGUAUACUGGGGGGAAACAAAGGGCUGCUCUAGUGACUACCCACAGACAUGCCAUUGUUGGAGUGCCAACUAUCAGACAAUGUAUAUGGCUGGCAUAGGUGCCUGGCUGUAGGGGUUCCCCUCCAUGACUGAGGCACAGCCAGCAGCUGAGGGGGCACUGGCGCGCAGUGACCGGUGAGGGCCCGCUCCCGGCGGCAUGCUGUGGCCCUCACACGCGGCUCAUCCAGGGGUAUGUGUGUGUAUGGGAGCCAUGUCCCCCGGCCGGGCGCCGCUUGAUGACGCACUGUCUCCUCCUCCUCUGCCCUGGGCUGGAGACUCGGCUGGCUGGCGGGGCGUUGCGCACGGUGAGCGCGCGUCGUUCGGUGGCUGUCUCGGUUGCGCUUUGGGGUGAGCCAUGUUCCGGAGCCCAUCUGCCGAGUCUGAGUCUGUUGCAGCAAGUAUAGUAAUUCUGCCUUAAAUUAAACCAUGGAAAAAAAUUCCAUAACACUUCGGAAGACACACUAUUUACGCAACAAGAGCAGACAUGACAUGGAGACAGAAGAAACCAAAUCACCUACACACAAAAUAUUAAGAGACAAGUGUUGUCAGACUGACCAUCAUCACCACCGUUGCAGUAACUCAGAAAAUGCUGUAGAGCCUGGAGACCCACCUUUAUUACAACAGCCUGUUCAGACUUCAAAGUCUGGCAUACAACAAAUUAUUGAAUGUUUCAGAUCAGGCACAAAACAGCUUAGACUGAUGCUCUUACGAGAAGUAGAUACUAUAUUUGAAUGUAAAUCUUGCCGCAGCCUUUUUCGAGGAUUGCCCAAUCUGAUCACACACAAACAGUUUUACUGUGUAUCCAAGCUGCAUGUGGAUGAAGAUGCUUCAAAUAGGAAUAAUCAAAGUGAAGUAGCAAAAGAUCUAGUUGAGUCAGUUUACCCAAGUGCAAACAGUCCAGAGGUUGUCAUACAAUUAGAAGCUAUACAGACAAAUAGGAAUGCAGUGUUUCAGAUUGUUAAGCCUGCUAGUGAAGUAAACUUCACUGCCAAUAUGCCAGACUCUGCUGACAGUCAAGAGGAGACAUCUGACCCUGCCUCUCAACCGACAUUGACUUUAGAAACAGAAACUGUGAUUUCACCUUCAGAGAAUGCCGCAAUGGAGGAUUCUUCUAGUUUUUCAAAUGUAGGGAAACAAAGUGUUUCUAAUUUUGUUGGAAAAUCUGUUAAGAAAGUUAGCAGUAGCAAUCCGUUUACAUGUCGUGUUUGUAAGAAAGAUUUUAAUUGUAGAAGGAGCAUUCGUCGUCACAUUAAAAGAGUACACAAGAAAAAGUUGGAAGAUAUUAAAAAAUUCAUUGAGGUACCACGAAACACACAUUUGUCAUCUUCAAAAGGGCUUUCCAUUAAAAUCCAUUCAACAGGUAAAAGCUGUCAUAUAUGCCAGAAAUCAUUUGCUACUAAGGCCAAUACAAGGAGACACAUUGAUGAAGUUCAUAAGGGUAUGAGACGAGAAUAUUUGUCAACAGAAAGUAAUGUAAAAUCUAGUAAAGGUAUGAUUUCUGAAAUUUCAACACCCAAAAAAGGAGUGAACACUAUUUCCCGGACAAAAAAAUCGUCAAAGUCUAAUUUUAGUCUUGCAUCUUUUAGUUGUUCUAUUUGCAAUAGACGAUACACCUCAAAAUACUUACAGAAGAAGCAUAUGCAAGUAGUACAUAAGACAACUCAAGCAGAAAAUAAGGCCAAAUCAGAUGAAGGACAUGUUGCGAUCACAAAUGGUAAAAUAAAACUUGAAGACUCCACCUCAAAUUCUGGCACAAGUUCCCCUCAAAAUGAAUCUAAGGGGGCAACCAUGGAAAAAAAGAGUGCAUCAGCAAAAAAUAAAACAAAAUCAGAUGGAGAUUCUCCUAAAACUGUUUCUUCCCCUGCCAGUGACAAAAAGAAGUGUCGAAAGCCUAAAUUAUCAGCAGGCUUUGAUUUUAAGCAACUUUACUGUAAACUCUGCAAAAGACAAUUUACUUCUAAGCAGAACCUGGCGAAACACAUAGAGCUGCAUACAGACGGAAACUGCAUCUUUGUAAAAUUUUACAGAUGUCCUCUUUGCUCGUACGAGACUCGUCGGAAGCGUGAUGUUAUCCGGCACAUAACAGUUGUUCACAAAAAGACUCAGCGUGCUCUGAUUAAAAUAACGUCAAACUUGGAAAGUCGAGCCGUAAAGAAGCCAAUUGAGAGUAUUAUGGAUAAAGCUUCAAAGAGACAUCACGAGCAAGAGAAAGGUAAAAGAGCUACUUCAAAAAAAGAUCAGUCCUCAUCCUCCAGCAAAAAAAACGAUGGGGGUGAUACAGGCAUUGAAGUUAAGGUGACCAAAAACUUUUCAUUGCUUAAAUGCAAAACCUGUGGUAAAGCCUUUGCUAAAAAGAAAGAUUUGGAGCAACAUAAAAAGAAUCACAAAGUGAAUUCUAAUUAUUCACCUCUAGAUAUAAAAAACAAAGGGAGAAGUACAAGGUCUAAAAUGCCUGUAUCCUAAACAAGCAUUCUUUAAGGCUGUAAAAGAUUCCACUGUUUUACGAGAUGAAUCACUUUAGUUAGCCUGAUGUUAAUAAAAAUAAAAAGUCGUUUUUUUUUUUUUUUUUUAUCAAUUGGUGUUUGAGCAGACCCCAAUCAAACAUUAGAAUGAGUAGGGAGAGAAGCUUGCUGCUGCAUGCUUCUCUUCCUGCUCUAUGUGAGCGAGACAGUCCCAUAGACUUACAUUAUGAGCAGGUACAGAACGUGCUAAGCAUGCACUUCUCCCUGCUUCUUCUGUCUUGACGACAUAUAAAAAGUUCCUGCAGUGCCCAUUUUGGUUUGAGUCAUACAGAAGCCAUUUUCAGGCCUUGGGGGAGAUGUUUCAAAACCUGUGCAAAGCAAAAGUGGUGCAGUUGCUCAAAGCAAAUAAUGAAAGAGGCAGUCUGGUUGUUAUGGGCAACUACUCCACUUUGCUCUGCACAAGUUUUGAUAAAUCUCCACUAGAGAUGAGCGAACUUACAGUAAAUUCGAUUCGUCACGAACUUCUCGGCUCGGC